GAUUAGAUUAGUUUACAAACCCUAUUAGAGAGUGAAGAGUAGGCCAAUUAGAGAAAGCAAAUUCCAACCGGAGCAAUUCGAGAAAAUUCAGAUUUCAGAAAACAGCGACAAAUAGCCCCCCCCCCUGAGGCAGUAUCGGAGGAAGCAGAGAUUCGCAGGUCCAAGGAGAAGGAGAAGCAGAGAAGGUUAUAUAGCCCAAAACUUCCAAAUUAAUGAAAGGCAAGAGAUAAAAAUUGUUCAUUUUAGCAUUUGUCUUGUGUUAUGCCUCGCUCAUGGGCUCGAGCUCUUUCUGCCAGAAACUCCCAUCACCACUAUGUUGGGAUUUUAUCUAGAAUAGCAUCCUUGCAUGCCUAUUGCACUAAGCCCUGUAAAGGUGAAGCUAAGGUGUUUCCAUUUUCUAGUGGCAGCUCCUCUCAAGCAAAAUGUGGUUUAUCCUCUUGUCAUUUCACAAGACAUGACAUUGAAACAGCUACUUUGGAUUCAAGAUGUUAUGACUUGUUCCCUCUAGCACAACCAGUUGCUUUCACCAAUGUCAGAAAAUUAUGUACUGUUUCGAUGGCAGAAACAAAAGACAAAUGGCCAGAUUUUGGUUUCUCACCUGACGAUACAAAUAGCCAAGUAGAAUUCGAUGGUGACUGCGAUUCCAUGACUGAUGCUCAUGAGCAAAAAGUUGUAUUUUCCACAGCAGAAUCAGUUGAUUUCACUAAGAUCGCAAUUGGCAAACUUCCAACUGUUCUUAUAGUGGGUCGCCCAAAUGUUGGCAAGUCUGCGCUGUUUAAUCGGCUGAUACGAAGGAGGGAAGCCCUUGUGUACAACACACCUGCUGACCAUGUUACUCGUGAUAUACGAGAUGGGGUUGCCAAAUUGGGCGAUUUGCGUUUCAUUGUGUUGGAUUCUGCUGGCUUAGAGGCAGAAGCAACAGCUGGUUCAGUUCUUCAAAGAACCGCAGAAAUGACUGGGAAUGUGCUGGCAAGAUCUCAGUUUGCACUAUUCUUGAUUGAUGCACGAAUCAAUGAAGAUGGUGCAAGUGAAAUUGCAACAACAACAAACCCACUAUAAUCCCAAUCCGUUAGAGUAUGGGGCUCAAGAUUUACCCAACCUUACCUUGAGUAAAAAAUGGAGAGGUUGUUUCCAAUAGACCCUUGAUGCAUUGCUGCAUUUACUUGGCAAAACUUCAUACUAGAAAGUAAAAAAAGUAAGGGAAGUUU